AUGGUGGAAAUUUCUGGUCAACACAAUCGCAAUAGAACGCGUCGACGCGUAUCCCGCAAGCGCGACGCGCAAGGACGACGACCCAAGGAAGACUCACAACGUACCUCGCCAUCAUUAAAAAGGAGAAAACUUGACCAUGACCGAGACAGCUUGUCUACCGCCGAGUCCGUUGCGGAUACAUGCCUAUUUUACGACGACAGCGACAGCGACAGCGACAGCGACAGCGCCAGCAACAGCGUGGAUCGGGCCGCAGCACUGUCUCAAGGACUACUCUUUAGCUCCACCAACACACGCUUGAGCACAAUCGCGACCGACCAGCAGCGACUGAUCAUCGACAUCAUCCAACAACGUGCAGACGGCACCGAGUUCAGCAAUGCCAGGCUCCAGAAUCGGCUCGAUGAAGCAUAUCAAACCUUGGCAUGGUGGGGAUCGGUUGGAUGCGAGUUUUGCUUUGUCAUGAACGGGAAGCAGCAGCCGGGUCACACACUGAAGGAAUGCGAUCGCUGGCAUGGCUGCGACAAAGCGAAGUCGAUCCUCCGAUGGCUAGACAGCCUAGACAUCCCCAGGUUCUCACGUGGUCCAGGCUCCUGCUGCAUGUGUACGUAUACAUGGUUUCCGUGUAAAGACAUUUGUCUGAGCGAAGCCAUCUGUGAGCUAGGCUCUAAGCAGGAAAAGGCGGCGCUGAGGAAGGAGCUUGACUCGAAGCCGGGCCCCGACGGCCACUGUGAGCGGAAGCCGGUCAUGAAGAGGGUCAUUGCGGCUCUGUGCGCAUACGACGAUCAGUUCCUCGGGAAACUCCUGGCCGAGUUGGCAGCGGACAAGGACGGGGUAGAUCUCUCCCAUGCACAGAGUGCUCGAACCUGGUUCGAGGAUCAGAUCUCCCAUGACGAUAGCUGGAUCCCGAGGCUUCUCUUCAUCUUUGAGACCUUGACGGUUGCCUUCUAUGUUCGGCAAAACUAUCGCCUCGGACUGCCACCACUCGACGGUCUGCCCCGUAGUCCGCCUGGGGAAAGUUUACAUCGCCAGGAAGCAACCGGAGUGGGUGUGUGCGGACCGAACCUCUCCGCCCACCAAUUGGAUAAAAAAGCCGCCAUCAUCAUCAAGAGGUGGUUGGUAACAAUCGAAUGGUGGAGAUGGAAGUGUAGCUACUGCCUCGCCAGUGGCCGUCGAGGCCAAGCCGUUCUCCAUGAACUGCGCGAAUGCACACAUGGGGGUGCCGUGGUCAUAGAGACUCGGUUUGGGAAGGCCAUCUACGCGGGGAAAAGCGCGCCGAACAUGGCAUGCCACCGCUGCUAUCUGCCGAAGCAUCUCUGCGCCAAAUGGACACGGCCUAGCGAGGGUGGUGCUUGGGUCGAGAGCGACCGAGCCGAGUGGGCAUGCCAGUUUGGACGGCACCUACUCCGCGAUACCAUCACCGGGCUCUACGCUCAUGGUGCGACACGAUUCGCGCUUCACGUCCAAGAUGUGGCGAGGCUAUAUUACAAGAACCGUGAUGCGGAAAGAUCAACUACAGCCGUCGAUGAUAAGACGGCAGCAGAAUUCCUUCUUGAAGGAUUCACAUUCCAAGGCAUCGAAGGCAUCGAGAUGAUACGCCAACUUGCGGUCUGGUAUCAGAAGACGGUUGAUGAGCUCUUGCCUCUAGAUGAAGAAGAAGGGACUACGCGCCCACCCAAGUCCCCCUUUAGUCGUCUUCUUCGCCGCCUAGGUUCUCACUCCCGUCACAAUACUGAGCCUGCCCGGCUACGCGACUGCCAUCACACCUCUCUAGACGCGCGGUCGGCUCGAGCGCGCCAUGCUGUUCAACCCAUCGGAACCUGGUCGAAGCAAGAACUAUCCUUGUGGGGGAAGAGAAGAAACUGGGAAUACCCUGACCCCACGCGCUGGCGCGACGACUGGAAGGAUGAUCGAAGCGAUGACCUUAUCAGCGAGGAGAAAGUUCAGAAGCAACUCGAGCGAUGGUCUGUCCGAUGUGCGCUCUGCCUCCUCUACCGAGACCCAGCCUGCGAUCAGCAUCCUCUCGCAUUCUGCCCCCGAGUCGAAGCACGUCAGGCACGUUCUAUCCGCGCCCGUCUUGGGGAGGAGUUGGUAGAGCUUCAGGCAAAAGGGAUAGAAGGAUACGGCCCGGUCCCUUGGUGCGGAGACUGCUGUCUUCCUCGGUCUUGCUGCCCUGCGUGGGCGUGCCAGGACGCAACAGAACCUGCCUCAGAUUGGGAACCGCGUCCUCGGGUGUGGGGAGGAGGAGAUGACCAUGCAUGUCGGUCAUGGCUGGCGAAAACAUGGUCGCGCCGAGAUGGGAGCCGAUGCCAAUUCCGGGAGGUGGUUGUCAAUGCCGUCUCGGCCAUGUGUGCAUUCUCUAUUAUUUCUCGCGAUGGCCCCACUGGUGAUUGCGACAAUAAUAACACCAAUGCAGACACCUUCUGGGACCAAAUCGAGGAUUGGCGUGGCUGUAGCCGCAUCCGUUUCAACCAAAAUUGGGGGACAGAUGGCUGGCUCCUCUCCCCGAUGCCAUGGGGCCGUCAAGACGUCAUGGUAAUGCUACGUAUCUUCUGUCAACUCGAUAUAGUAGUAGAAGAUUUAUGGAUCGAGAAGGAGGUAGACAAGCGUCGAGCCGAGUUGCGAAUUCCGAGUCGGGAGGGCUAUAUCCUUAUCCGACAACACCAAAAGCAACAACCACAGCGCCCGGACAGCAAGAAAGCAGCAGUACCAGAGCGAGGCGCCUCGGGCGAGGAUCUAGCAUCUACCCUCCGACAGGCUCUCGACGCAGCGGAGGACGAAGAAGAACGCACAUCUGGGGUUUGGGGAGAUAGUGCCUUCUACUCUGCCCUAGGAGCUCGUGUCCGGGCCUGGCGUAGGGGCGGCAUUAGCUGCCAGGCAUUCGGCCAGGUGAGGGGGGCCAGGGGAGUGAGACGGGGCAAUGCCCGCACUGUCGCUUUCCGGCCCAAGUAUGCCGUUUUACUCGCAUCGAUGAUGGAGAAUAUGAUGAUGAUGAUCAUACCUGCCAACUGA